UCCCGCGGCUCACUCUCCACGCACGCUCUCGGAUCGGCCGGCAGGCCUGGUGAUUUGCUUUGCCGGCGCCUGCCAUUCGCUGGCCGUUCGCCUGGCCGCCCCAUGCAUGCAUGUGUCGAUGUAGCGAUGCAUGUAAGUAGUAACUCAGUUACCAUGUAUGCGCUCCUAAUGGGCUGCCCCAUGGGUGGGUGGGAUUAUAAUUGCUGCAUCCCUACUGCUGCUGGCCUGCCUCCCUCCCACUCCACCCGGCCAAGCGAGACAGACAAUACGAGCCGUCGACGUCAGGUCAGGGUCCUCUGGUUAGUGAGCAGCUCGACUCGUUGAUAAAGCCUAGCGACCCCCCCAUCCUCUCUCUCUUUUUUCCUUCCACUCGGUUGCUUGCUGCAAGUAGUCUGUCCGUCUUGUCUGUCCAUCCCCUCCGUUUCCCUCUUUGUCCCCCAGUGGUGGCUUUCGGAAGGUUCUGCUUUGACUCUACUCGACUCGACAGCUCUUGCCUCUUCUGCUGAGUGACGUCCCUCAACACCAACAAAGACCCCCCUCCCGUCCGCCAGCCGCCCGCUCUCCGCCAUGGCUGGCCCCAGCGACGACAUUGAGCGCAAUGCCUCCGUGGCAACCCGCUCAAAGUCCAUCGUCUCCAUGUCCGGUUUUGACGGCAUGGACGAGUACACUGCUCUGCAAAAGUACAUUCUCUUCUACCGCGACAACAAGGUCAACCCUCACGCCGCCGGUGGCGAGACCAAGCAGAAGCAGUGGUGGCAGUUCUGGAAGUCCGGUAGCGCUACCGCCGCUGCUCCCGUCCAAGACGCUGGAGCUGUUCCCGACGAUCAAUUGAACACUGAUCUCCGUGCUGGUCUCACAUCUGCCGAUGUCGACCGUCGCCGCAAAAUCUAUGGCUUCAACGAAAUCACCACCGAGAAGACCAAUUGGUUGAAGCAGUUCCUCAGCUACUUCCAGGGCCCCAUUCUUUACGUCAUGGAAAUUGCUGCUCUUCUUGCUGCUGGUUUGGGCGAUUGGAUCGAUUUCGGUGUCAUCUGUGGUAUUCUCUUGCUUAACGCUGUCGUCGGUUGGUACCAGGAAAAGCAGGCUGCCGACGUCGUCGCCAGUUUGAAGGGAGACAUCGCCAUGAAAGCUACUGUGAUCCGUGAUGGUGGCCCAGUCACCAUCCUUGCCCGCGAAAUCGUCCCUGGUGAUAUCAUUGUCGUCGAGGAAGGAAACACGGUCCCGGCUGACGUCCGUCUCAUCUGCAACUUUGACACCCCCGAGGACUACGAGACCUACUUGAAGCUCAAGGAGGAAGACAUGUUUGACGAAUCCGACGACCCUGACAACGAGAAAGAGGGCGAUGAAGACCACGAGGGUCCCGUCCACGAGGGUGUCUCUCUCAUCGCUACCGAUCAGUCCGCCAUCACUGGAGAGUCCCUCGCCGUCGACAAGUACAUGGGCGAAGUCGCUUACUACACCACCGGUUGCAAGCGCGGCAAGGCCUACGGUAUUGCCCUCACCUCCGCUAAGCACUCCUUCGUCGGUCGCACUGCUUCUCUCGUCGCUGGUGCUCAGGACCAAGGUCACUUCAAGGCCAUCAUGAACUCCAUCGGUACCGCGCUUCUUGUCUUGGUCAUGUUCUUCAUCCUCGCCGCUUGGAUUGGUGGUUUCUUCCGUCACAUUCCUAUCGCCAUCGCUCGUGAGCCCGCCGGCGACUCCGUCACUCUUUUGCACUACGCUUUGAUCCUCCUCAUCAUUGGUGUGCCCGUCGGUCUUCCCGUCGUCACUACCACCACUCUCGCCGUCGGCGCUGCUUACCUCGCUGAGCAGAAGGCUAUCGUGCAAAAGCUUACCGCCAUUGAAUCGCUUGCUGGUGUGGACAUUCUCUGCUCCGACAAGACCGGAACUUUGACUGCCAACCAGUUGAGUAUUCGCGAGCCCUACGUCGCCGAAGGCCAAGAUGUGAACUGGAUGAUGGCUGUUGCCGCUCUCGCUUCUUCGCACAACCUCAAGUCUCUCGACCCCAUUGACAAGAUCACUCUCCUCACCAUCAGACGUUACCCCAAGGCUCGCGAGAUCCUCGCACAGGGCUGGAGGACCGAGAAGUUCACUCCCUUUGACCCCGUCUCCAAGCGUAUCACUACCGUCUGCCACAUGGGCGGUGACAAGUAUGUCUGCGCCAAAGGUGCUCCCAAGGCCAUCCUCACCCUCUCCGACUGUGACGAAGAGACUGCUCGCUUGUUCCGUGAAAAGGCUGCCGAUUUCGCCCGCCGCGGUUUCCGUUCUCUCGGUGUUGCGUACCAGGUCAACGACGGCCCCUGGAUCCUUCUCGGUCUCUUGUCCAUGUUCGAUCCCCCUCGUGAGGACACCGCCCAGACCAUCAUCGAAGCCCAACAGCUCGGUGUUGCCGUCAAGAUGUUGACUGGUGAUGCCAUUGCUAUUGCCAAGGAAACCUGUAAGAUGCUUGCUCUCGGAACCAAGGUUUACAACUCUACAAAAUUGAUUCACGGCGGUCUCUCUGGUACCACCCAGCACGACUUGGUUGAGCGCGCAGACGGUUUCGCUGAAGUUUUCCCCGAGCACAAGUACCAGGUCGUCGAAAUGUUGCAGCAGCGUGGCCAUCUCACUGCCAUGACUGGUGAUGGUGUCAACGAUGCUCCUUCCCUGAAGAAAUCCGAUUGUGGUAUCGCUGUCGAGGGAUCUACCGAAGCUGCUCAAGCCGCCGCCGACAUUGUUUUCCUUGCCCCUGGUCUUUCCACCAUCGUCUUGGCCAUCAAGACUGCCCGACAAAUUUUCCAGCGUAUGAAGGCCUAUAUCCAGUACCGUAUCGCGCUUUGUCUGCAUCUCGAGAUCUACCUCGUCAGCUCGAUGAUCAUCAUCAACGAAACUGUCCGAGCUGAUCUCAUUGUCUUCAUCGCCCUGUUCGCCGAUCUUGCCACCGUCGCUGUCGCUUAUGAUAAUGCCUACUCGGAGCCUCGUCCCGUGGAAUGGCAACUUCCCAAGAUUUGGUUCAUCUCGGUCAUUCUCGGCAUCCUCCUCGCUCUCGGCACCUGGGUCAUCCGCGGUACUCUGUUCCUCCCCAACGGUGGUAUCAUCCAGAACUUCGGCUCUGUUCAAGAGAUUCUGUUCCUCGAAAUCGCCCUCACUGAGAACUGGCUCAUCUUCGUCACGCGUGGUGGUAAAACUCUCCCCAGUUUCCAGCUCGUUGCUGCCAUCUUCGUCGUCGAUGUCGUCGCUACGCUUUUCUGUAUCUUCGGUUGGUUGUCUGGCGAGCCUUACGAGACCGAUCCCAACGGUACCUACAACUUCCGUGCCGACGGCUGGGUCGAUGUGGUCACCGUCGUCGUUGUUUGGUGUUACAGCUUCGGUGUCAUCAUCGUCAUCGCCAUCGUGUACUACCUCCUCGAGCAGAUCACUUGGUUGAACAACCUUGGUCGCAAGGACCGCAGCAGGAAGGAUCCUGCCAUCGAGAACAUGAUUGCUGCUCUCAGCAAGUUGUGCCUCGAGCACGGCAAGGACAAGCACGGUGUGGACCGCUAUGUGCUCGCCACCAGGGCCGCCGAGGAAGACGAGGAGGAAUAG